UGCCACCUGCGCGCCAGAGCGCACACCUGAGCGCCGUGUGCCCACGGGCGGGACCUGCGGCUUCCGCGAGUCCGAGACUCAUCUUCCAAGGAACGAACCAAAGCAAGAAAACGAAAUCCCACGUCGGGGUGCCCUCACCCAUCCCGCUGCCCGGCUGGGGUUCCAAGCGUUUGAGAGCUGCCCGCGCUGCCCCCAGCUCCGGAACAUUAGCAGUCGUCGAGACCCGUCUUUCGGGAAGCAAAGUCUUGGCAAGCUCCUCGCUGAGUAGGCGGGAGGCUUGCCCCGGGGGACUUACGGGGCUGCCACCACCGCAGCCAGCUCAGACCUAGCCUCUUGCAUGGCAACGCAGCCUGCAGCCGCCCCAGCCAUGUCCACUCCCGGGGCCAAUGAGUCCGGCUCCUCCAACUCCGAAGGGCCAUACAAGCAAGUGACCAUCCCGGCUGUGAUGUUCAUCGUCGGGGUGGUGGGCAACCUGGUGGCCAUCGUAGUGCUGUGCAAGUCGCGCAAGGAGAAGAAGGAAACAACCUUCUACACCUUGGUGUGCGGGCUGGCCGUCACCGACCUGCUGGGCACGUUGCUGGUGAGCCCGGUGACCAUCGCCACCUACGUGAAGGGCAGUUGGCCGGGGGACCGCGCGCUGUGCGAAUACAGCACCUUCAUCCUGCUGUUCUUCGGCCUGUCGGGCCUCAGCAUCAUCUGUGCCAUGAGUAUCGAGCGCUACCUGGCCAUCAACCACGCCUACUUCUACAGCCACUACGUGGACAAGAGGCUCGCCGGCCUCACCCUCUUCGCGGUCUAUGCAUCCAACGUGCUCUUCUGCGCGCUGCCCAACAUGGGCCUGGGCAGCUCGCGGCUGCAGUACCCGGAUACCUGGUGCUUCAUCGAUUGGACCUCCAAUGUGACAACACAAGCCGCCUUCUCCUACAUGUACGCGGGCUUCAGCUCCUUCCUCAUCCUCGCCACAGUGGUCUGCAACGUGCUGGUGUGCUGCGCGCUGCUCCGCAUGCACCGCCAGUUCAUGCGCCGCACCUCGCUGGGCACCGAGCAGCACCACGCGCUGGCCGUGACCUCGGUGGCUUGCAGGGGCGUCCCGGCCAACACCUCCCCCGCGCUGCAGCGCCUCAGCGACUUUCGCCGCCGCCGGAGCUUCCGCCCCAUCGCGGGAGCCGAAAUCCAGAUGGUCAUCUUACUCAUCGCCACCUCCCUGGUGAUGCUCAUCUGCUCCACCCCGCUGGUGGUGCGAGUGUUCAUCAACCAGUUAUAUCAACAACCUUCGGAAAAAGAUGUCAUCAAAAAUCUAGAUUUGCAGGCCAUUCGAAUUGCUUCUGUGAACCCCAUCCUGGACCCCUGGAUAUAUAUCCUGCUGAGGAAGACUGUGCUCAGUAAGGCCAUAAAGAAGAUCAAAUGCCUCUUCUGUCGCAUUGGCGGGUCCCACAGGGACCAUUCAGGACCACACUGCUCAGAAAGUAGGCGGACAUCUUCCCCUAUGACGGGCCACUCACACUCCUUCCUCUCCCGGGAGCUGAAGGAGAUCAGCAGCACCUCCCAGACCCUCCUCUACCUGCCUGAGCUCAGCGAAAACGGCCUUGGAGGCAGGAAUUUGCUCCCGGGUGUGCCAGGCGUGGGCCUGGCCUGCUCAGACACCACCUCGCUGAGGACUUUGCGAAUUUCAGAGACCUCAGACUCCUCUCAGGGGCAGGACUCGGAGAGUGUCCUGCUGGUGGAUGAGGCUGGUGGGAGUAUCAGGGCUGGACCUGCCCCAAAGGGGAGCACCCUGCAAGUCACGUUUCCCAAUGAAACUCUGAACUUAUCAGAAAAAUGUAUAUAGUAGCAACGGAAAGAGAGCACUGUUUCCGAAGCUGACAAAAUCCCGUGCAACAGACACAUAAAGUGCUUGGCUGUGCUCAGAAGGGCUAUUUUCGACCUAUCUCUCACCUAUAGAACAUCUUGACCUUUGAGCACUUUGCAAACAAUCCAUUUGAUUCACAUGGGGCCUGAGGGCUGAAGCGAGUUGGUUGUCACCUCACUGUGAAGGGGGUUUCACAACUUGGCCUGGGAGCCACAGAUUGCAACUUGAAGGCUGGGCUGGGACGAUCUGCUCUCAGUUGUUCUACUUGAUAAGAGAUGGGGUUGAUUUUGUUAUUUUCAUAACAGCAAGAGCUUUCUAGCUGGCACACAGCAGGCCAGGUACAGAGGGCUGGACUCCAGUAAACAAGGACAACCUGUGGAAGGUUUAAGUGUCUCACUAAAGCAUGAAAUGUGAAUUUUAUUGUUGUAAAUAUGAUUUAAAUAUUUAAAGUUUUUCUUCUCUGUGAGAAGGUUGAUUGUUAAUACAAAGUAUAAUAAAAGUAUGGUAACCCCCGUCCCCCCUGUAUAACCAGCAGAAGUUACACUUGUCAGAUUUUUUUUUCAUUAACGGGUUCAGGUCAAGGUAUUGAAAACUCACAGUAAGACAACUCUAUCAAUAAAAACAAAAAGAAACAUUUUUAAAAGAGAAUGUUUAGUACUAUUAAAAGAACAAAGAAAAAUACCAUUUGAGACAUGAAAAUUAGAGUGCAAAAUACUACAAAACUUUCCAGACUAUACGUAAUGCAUAGAGAAACAUUUUUGGUAAUGCUACAUUUAUCCAGAAAACUGUGAUUUUAGGAGAACCUAACAUACUGGUAAAUAUUUUCUACUUUUUAAAAAUGUAACAUAAAUUUUAAAAAAAAUUUAGUAAAUAACCCAUAAUUGAAGUGUAAAAAAUGAAAAAGUCUGUCAGUAGUUUAUUUUCCCCUUGAAAAUGUGCAUAAUUUUGAUUUCCUAAGGAAAAAUGUAGACUAUCAUCUAAAAUUUAAGAAGGCAGAUGUAACUUCAAGACCCCCGGAAGAUGAACUGUGGAAGAACUGGUUAAUUGGCCUUUCAAAUGUCCUAGGCAUUGAACACAGAACAUAAGAGGUCAGAACGUGGGCACGUAAGCAUUCUUUUCUAAGUCUUGUGUAACACUCAGUGAUGCCAUGCACGUAUUUGAAGGAAAUUUCUCAAAGAAAUACUUAAGCAUGUUUUGUUGCUCAAAGUGUUUUGUGAAUUGUUUGGUUGUAAUUAAAUUCUGAGCCUGAUAGUGAUAUGGUUUCAAGAAGCAGUUGUACCAACUGAAAUUUUUUUGGAGAUUAAAAAAAAUAAAUAACAAUCUGAG